GCGACAACAUAUGCAUCAAAACACAAAUUCACACAUUUUGGAGCGGGCUUUCGGCGCACUCUCUUUCGGUGCGAGAUUGAGAUUUUGUGAACUGCAGCCAACCCAACCGUGAAAACCUCUACGUCUACGAGUCGGUCGCCAAACAAUGCUCCCGCAGUAUCGAAAGUAAGCUCACGUAGGCAGCUUGUGGACGUGUAGAUUUUCGGUUCAAUGAAACUUUUGGUGACAAGUUCAAGUUCCAGCCCGUUGCGAGUUUGUGCCAUUUAUUGGCCGUACGCGUAUGUGUUCAUCGAUCGAUGCCAGCCAGCGUUCAAUAUCUAAGGACGCAAGAUGACCAAAUUCUUUCGAUGUGCGAUUGCGAAAUCGUCGUGGAUGUGAGAAUCAGUUUAUGGAAGUGAAAAAGUAAAAGUGCACACAGUUAUGCAAUGUCAUCGCGCAGUGGUCUCACAUCAAGAGAGUGUCCUGAGAGUACACAUAAGAUGCAGCAAAAGUGCAGAACCUGAGAAGAGAAGAAAGUAAUAUCACUAACGUGAUUUGGAUUGGCUGCUAGACAUAGAAGAGGCAGAAGUUUCGCAAGUCCAAAGCAGCAUUCAAACAACAUCAGCCCAUGUGUUGCAACUUGUUUGUGGUGGCCAAAUGGUAAUUCUAUCGGCGGUGGUGAGCUGCGAUGACGAUUGAUUUCAGUGCAACAUCGACAUCGGUGGAACGCGAUUUUCAAGAGGACAGACAACCAAAUUCGAACGGUUUACCCGACCAUCGCGUUUAGUGUAGUGUGGUGUGGGCUGUAUGGAAACGUGCUGAAGAAUAAAGUGAAGUGGCAAGGUGAUCGUACCGAGUUGGUCGUGAUAAGUGCUGGGUGUCUUUUUGCAUCAUGUUGUCAUGCUUUGUUCAGUACCACUACUACCACAAUCAGCAAUCAAUCGCAUACCGUGCCCGUCGAGUGUGUUGUGAUGCAUAUAUUAUAAUAGCUCAGAAUCAACCGUGAAUACAUAUGGGGCGGUGGAAGCGACAUCCAGUACUUACAGCAAUUGAAGAGACUAACCAUGAAUAAGAGCGCAAAAGAUGCCAUUGUGAUCUGAACCACAGUUCAGAACGGAAGUGACGCGGAGCAGCGCUGACGACAACGGCGACAACCAAGGCCAAUCAAUCACCCAACUUGGCAAUCUUUGGACAUCGUGUCCAGUCGAUAACUGCAGAAACAGUAGUGAAAUAUGAUAAGUAUUCAACACCUUUACUGGACAUGCUGUGCGUACGUACUGCUGCUUAGCAUCGUGAUGACGUCCAACCUCGCCAGUGCCGCCUAUCGAGUUGGGGUGGGACGAGCCGACUGCACAGGACCACCGGUGGAGAUUACGUUUAUGGGCUAUGCCCAACUAUCGCAGCGUGGUUAUGGCAUCCAUCUGCGACAGUUUUCUCGAGCAUUCAUCUUCGAAGAAGGCGGUAAACGGGCCGUAUUUGUCAGCGUGGACGCUGGAAUGAUGGGCCACGCUGUUAAACGCGAUGUCAUUGCGGUUCUGCAGAAAAAGUACGGCGAUCUCUACACCAUGGACAACGUGGUGAUCAGUGGAUCGCACACCCACGGUACCCCUGGAGGGUUCCUGAUGUACCUGUUGUACGAUAUGACAUCGUUGGGAUUCGUUUCGGAAACGUUCAAUGCAUUGGUCAAAGGAAUAGCUCAAAGUAUAAUCAGGGCCCAUAUAAGCAUGAUAGAUGCCAGAAUUUACGUGUCGGAAAUCGACGUUGAAGAAGCAAACAUCAACAGGAGUCCCAGUGCUUACGAUAACAAUCCAGAAGAGGAGAAAGCUCAAUACAAAGACAACGUUGACAAGCGGCUGGUUCAAAUGAGAAUGGUCAACAAAAACAACGUGGUGUUCGGAGCGAUCAACUGGUUUGCUGUGCAUCCGACAUCGAUGAACAACACGAACCGUUACGUUUCGACUGAUAAUGUGGGCUAUGCAUCUGUUCUGCUUGAGCAGGAAAGGAACAAAAACAGUUUGAUUGGUAAAGGUGAAUUUGUGGGGGUCUUUGCCUCAACUAACCUGGGAGAUGUUUCUCCAAACAUAAUGGGACCGAAGUGUGAGAAAACUGGACUUCCAUGCGAUGUGCUGACAUCAUCGUGCCCAUCCGGAGCAGGAGCCUGCUUUGCAUCUGGCCCUGGGAAGGAUAUGUUUGAAAGCACCCAAAUGAUAGCAACUCGGUUAUACGGCGCAGCAUCGCAUCUAUUGAGCAAAUCCAGCGGUAGAGAAGUAACUGGGCCAAUUGGAUUUGUGCAUCAAUUUGUGGAUAUGACGAAAGCUGAAGCAGUAUAUUUUAAUCCCAAAACGCGAGAGUUCCAGCAGGUCCGAGGAUGUUAUCCAGCUAUGGGCUAUAGUUUUGCAGCUGGUACGACCGACGGUCCUGGAGCGUUCGAUUUCCAACAGGGAACGAUCACUGAUAAUGCUCUGUGGAAUGCCGUUCGUGAUUUCAUUGCUGAACCUACACCUGACGAUAAGGAGUGCCAAGCUCCAAAGCCAAUUCUUUUGGCCACAGGAAGAGCCAAGUUCCCAUACGAUUGGCAGCCAAAAAUUGUUCCAACUCAACUAUUGCUUAUUGGUGAUUUUGCGAUAGCAGCUGUGCCUGGUGAGUUCACCACGAUGUCAGGCAGGAGAAUGAGGGAUGAAGUCUCCAGGGCGUCCGUUGCAGCUGGUGGCAAGGAACUCCAGGUAGUUGUGGCUGGCUUGUCCAAUAUGUACUCCAGUUACAUCACAACCCCCGAAGAAUACGAAAUUCAGCGUUACGAAGGUGCUUCUACUUUAUUCGGACCACAUACCCUAACGAUUUACAUACAGCAGUUUAAGAAGAUGAUUACUUCAAUUUACAAAAACGAAACCUUGGACGAAGGCCCAACUCCCCCAUAUCAAGACGACAAGCAAAUUUCUCUGAUGACAGGAGUAAUCUUUGACGGUCAUCCUAUUGGCCGUGAGUUUGGAUCCGUCAAGGUUCAACCACUGAAUACGUACGAAAGAGGAGACACCGUCUACACCACCUUCAUAAGUGGAAAUCCCAGAAACAAUUUGAUGCAUGACAAAACCUACUUCACCGUUGAGCAGAAGCAGAUCGAUGGAAAUUGGACAGUAAUUGCCACGGACGCUAACUGGGAAACAAAGUUCAAGUGGGAACGCCAGUCGACGAUUCUCGGUUUCAGCGAUAUUGAGUUUUCAUGGGAAAUCGGACCCAACGUGAAGCUUGGAACUUAUCGGAUCAGGCAUUUCGGAUACUACCGGUACAUUCUGGGUGGUGUGUAUCCGUACACAGGUUCAACAAAAACGUUCAUUGUGGAGUAAUCUAAAUGUGGCCACAUUCCAAAUAUGCAGAGCCGUUUGUGAUAAGUGAGUGAAUGAUCAAACGUUGAACAAUUAGUGUGUAGAGUAGGUAGUGUAGAUAGGGUGAACUGAAUUUAAGACGCUGGUUAUCCAGAUUUUUGCCAGUAUUUCCUGGUAGCUACAAAUUGGAACCAAAAAUCCUAGUCAUUGUUGAUAUAUGUAGGACGCAAAACAUUAGAGUAAUUUUAAAAUGCUA